AUGUCUAUAGACAUUUUACCGGGUUAUGAGCGCGGGACACCCACCGUGCGGACCGAGGCCUGCGUUGAGCUGGCCCGCGCCAAGCUUCAGAAGUCGCCGAACGAGAGUGUGCCUGAGGCCGAGCUCUCGAGGAAGGCAAUCGAGAUCCUGAAGGGGAAAAUGAACAGGACAGUCUUCCAGCGGAUCACGGUAGCCUACGUGCGUGUAGCCGAUACAGUGUCAUUCUGCCCUCCUUCCCCUGUGCAUUUCAUAACAAAAAAGAUGAUCAUCGCAUCUACGAAGCGCCACGGCCUCCUCCACCGCUGUAUCCUGGUGAACAAGAUCUGGUGUCACGAGGCGAUGCGACACCUUUGGGAGUUCGUCGAUGUGGACCUAUCGAGCGCGGAAAGGUCUGGAGGUCUUGAUUGA